AUGCCUCCAAUUACCAAAUUUACACUUUAUACACCGUUUAUCAUCUUCUUAAUUGAUAGCAUUCUUUUUCCAAUAUUACACUUUAGAUUUAAUUUUUCGCACUGGAGUUAUCUUGACUUUGAUAAUAGUGUUCUUAAGCUUCAAAUAUUUCGAUUUAUAAUAUAUCCUUUUUCAACAAGUAGUUUAUUAGAGCUUCUAAUAAUUCCACUUUGGUUGAUUCCAGAAAUGUAUAAACUUGAAAAGAAACAAGGUUCAUUAAAGUUUUUAUGGACACUUUUAUUAAUUUUUACUAUAUUACCCGGUAUUGCGUUUGUAUUUAUUAUGAAGAUAAUCACGAUAGAUUGGUUUAAUAAUGGCAGAACACAAAUUGGCUUCUCUUGUCAUGGAAUGACAGGCUGGGUUGUUGGCUUGAUUUUUUGGUCUUAUUUGAUAGAAGAUGAAAGUGAACAACAGGACAGGAUGUAUGGUAGAAUAGUGAUUGCGGGUGCUAUUCGUAUACCAAAGAAAUAUUGGCCUAUCUUUGUCUUUGUAUUCUUUGUUUUUCUCGUACCUGGAAUUCCUAUCUUACUUAAUAUUAGCGCCAGCAUAAUGGCAUUACUUUACGUGAAAGGCAAAUUCGAAUUCCUUAUGCCAUCAAAUGAAAAGUUUAUAGAAUACGAAGAAAAGACUUGGCUACGUUUCUUAACAAAUGCAUCAAAUUAUGUAUCAAUAAAUUCAGCAGGUAGUGGUGGUUAUUUACCGCUUUUUAUGCCUGCUACUCCUACUACAAAUACAGCAACACAUCCUAAUCCCUCUACCGCUAACAGCAGUGCUAAUACUGAUCGAUUCCCAGGCCAGGGUAUUCGACUUGGAUUUUAA